AGAUUGCUCAUCAACUGAGACUAGUCAUGGUUUAUCUUCUGGAUUUCUUUCGCCACCAUUCCUGCCUUCAUUUGCUUUCUCUUGCACUGAGAUUGGUUGCUCACUAUAUCUGCUCUUUCCUGUGACUGCAAAUUCGCUAAAGGAUUUGCCUGCUGUGAGCUGAACACAAAUAGACCUGAGAUUGACAGAAAAAGCUGCAGAAUCCAUGACAAUGACAUCAGAAAAUGUGGAGGAAGAAGUAGGAAGAGUGGUAGAUGAUGCAAAAGAAUUGCAGGACUUGGUCACAACUCACAUCUCAAAGACUUCAAUUGAAGAGCAAUCUCUCCGCCAGCGUGCACUAUCUCUUAAUGACUCUAUUAAACGUUUGCGCUCCUUGCUUGAUUCACUUCUCUCUCAAAAGCUAUUGGACCCCAAGGUGGCAGACAAGUUGGAUGAAGAAUUACAAAGGGCGAAAUGCAUCAUGGCAGAUGGUGAUGCUGCUUCACUUCUUCCCGGCAAUGUGCAAGGACGAUUUUUGAGGAUGUUUCUGGGCCCUAUUAACGUGCGUGCCUCUCGGAAGGAUGUCCAGCUGAAGGUUAAGGAGGAGUACAACAGUUAUAAAGAUAGAACUGCCCUCCUGUUCCUUUUUUUCCCAUCAGUAUUGCUGAUUCUUAGAUCAUGGGUUUGGGCUGGAUGCAUGCCUGCUUUCCCAGUUCAACUUUACCAGGCUUGGCUGCUAUUUCUUUACACUGGUUUGGCAUUGCGAGAGAACAUAUUGAGAGUCAAUGGAAGUGAUAUUCGUCCAUGGUGGAUAUACCAUCAUUACUGUGCUAUGGUAAUGGCCCUUGUGAGUCUCACUUGGGAGAUUAAAGGACAACCUAAUUGUCCACAAAAGCAGAGAGGGGUACAACUUUUUCUCCAGUGGGCUAUGAUGCAAGGAGUUGCAAUGCUCUUGCAGAACAGAUAUCAACGACAGAGACUUUAUACUCGUAUUGCACUGGGAAAGGCUAAGAGAAUGGAUGUUGUUUGGGGAGAAACGGCUGGAGUUGAUGGCCAACUAUGGUUAUUAUGCCCCAUACUCUUCAUUUUGCAGGGAUUUGAGGCAUAUGUUGGAUUAUUGUUGCUCAGAACCGCAUUUGUUGGGGUUGUCUCUGAGUGGCAGGUAAUAUUUUGCGGUGGCCUACUGGUUUUAAUGGCUGUUGGGAACUUUGCAAAUACAGUGCAGACGCUAAUGGCGAAGUCAAGAUUUAAGGCAAAGAUGAGAAGAAGCAAGAGCAAGCAGGAACUGGAUUAAGCAUUAUUCUGGCUCCUAGAGCUACGUAUAUCAGUUUUGUCAGUGUUGACCACAAUUAAGCUAGUGAUUAUUUUGGCCUGCUGUAGCAUUCGCAUGCAAUGAAUCUGAUCACAAUAAGCAUGAAUUCCGAUUAAAAUGAUAUUGUCCUGUAAUUUGCCUUCCAGGAGUACCUUCUUCUGUGGUGUUAGGAUGAUUACUGAAACUUCAGUCUCCGCCCUAAUUCUGUUUAUAUUGAAACCGCAGAAGUCAAUUUAGGAAGUAGCACCUCAGAUUCUGCUGGUUUACGUUUUUCUGUUUUAUUAUUUUUAUAAAGGAAGGUCAUCUUUCUUGGUA